AUGGCCACCUCGUAUCUCCCCUUCCGCGCCACCACUGUCCGAUCCGCCUUUCGCAACCACGACUCUUCUCGCACACAAAAAACCUCAAAUCCCAAGUGGUGGGCCCCGCUCGUCAGCUGGUCCUCCGAGCCAGACUACUUCGACUCUGAUCUCUCAGCCAAAGCCGAAGCCAAGCCGGAGACAACGGAGCCGAUUAAAUCUCGCAUCGCGCCGGGAAGCUUUACGGAAGAGAAGGCGAGAAAGCUGAGGUUGAUGACGAAAGACACGGCGUUUCAUGAUGCUAUGUAUCACUCGGUUAUUGCUUCUCGUUUAGCUUUCGAUUCGAAUGAUCGCUCCGAUUUUUGA